AUGGGGAGCGCGCUGGGGGCUUGUAACGCUCCGGCUCGAGGUUUGAAAUUGUUACAGUGUCGGAGCGGCCGGCGGCGAGAGCGGGGCGAGGUCAGCGCAGGGCCGGGCGGGGAGCGGGAGCCGCGGGCAGGGGCAGGAUCAUGAGUGCGGUGGCCGGGAAGGGGGUGAAGCCGGCGGGCGCGGCGGAGCCCGGGAAGGCGGCCGGGGCCGGCGCUGGGGUCGGGGCGGCGGCGGCCAAGGAGAUCCCCAAGGUGCUGGUGGAUCCGCGCACCCGCCGGAGCUACAUGCGCGGGCGCUUCCUGGGCAAGGGCGGCUUCGCCAAGUGCUACGAGAUCACGGAGCUGGAGAGCCAGGAGGUGUUCGCGGGCAAGAUCGUGCCCAAGUCGCUGCUGGUGAAGCCGCACCAGAAGGAGAAGAUGUCCAUGGAGAUCUCCAUCCACCGCAGCCUGGCGCACCGCCACGUGGUCGGCUUCCAGGGCUUCUUCGAGGACAGCGACUUCGUCUUCGUGGUGCUGGAGCUCUGCCGCCGGAGG